AUGUUCAUGUCCAUGUCGCAUGACGAAUAUAUCAGGGCAUCAUGGGCACCUAAACAACUUCCAACAUGUCUUGAGCGGCUCAAAAAGAAGCCGUACUCGGCCGUCACGGUGAGCAUCGAGACGCUCACCGCCGAGACGUACGAAGAGGAUGACUUGAGCGGCAUCCCCGACCUCGUGGAAGUCAUCAAGCUUCAGGCGUCCGGCCCCGGAGAAGCCGCCCGCGCCAUCCGCAAGAAGCUCAAGUACGGCAACGUUCACCGCCAGCUCAGAGCUUUGACCAUCUUGGAUGGCCUUAUCCAGAACGCCGGCCCUCGUUUCCAGCGUGCUUUCGCUGACGAGACCCUACUGGAACGCCUGCGAGUUUGCGGAACAUCUGACCUGUCUGACCCGGACGUCAAGAAGAAGUGCACCGAACUCUUCCGCAGCUGGUCUCAGUACAAGAGCACUCCCGGUUUGGAGCGCAUCGCCAAGCUGCACCAGGAACUGCCUAAACGCAAGGUCGCCGUCACCCAGGAGAGGUCCAAGGCUGUUCGGGAGACGGAGAACCCGUUUGGCGAGGAAGAGGAGGACAAGCCUUCCUCGCCCACGGGCCGUGCAGGGGAGUCCUCCCAGCCGCAGCGCACGCCCUAUCUGCCGUACGGCGAUUCCCCCAACGCCAGCACCACCUCUGGCCACGCCAAGUCUUCGUCCCGGUCCGGAAGCUCUUUCUUUGGCUCGUCCAAAGAUAAGAGCAAGAAAAAGGAAAAGGACAAGAAGGGCAAGCGCAAGCCCUUCAACCUGGAGUUAGAGAAGGAUGCCAUGAAGGGCGCCAUUGCCGAGAGUUCCAUCGCUGUCACCAACCUGACCAACCAUCUCCAGACCAUUAACCGCGAGAGGGAGCGCAUCUCGGAGAACCCGCAAGCUGUUGAGCAGUUUGAAGGUUGCAAGCAGCUCAGGCGGAAAAUCUUACGCUACAUCCACCAUAUUGAAUCGGAGGAGUGGCUCGGCAGCCUUCUGAGAGCCAACGAUGAGCUCGUCACCGCCCUCAUGACGUUCGAGCAACUCGACCGGUCCAUUGACGCCGACAGUGAUUCUGAUGACGAGCUUGCCGAGCAGGCUCACAUCUACCGAAUGGUGUCCGAAAAGGGCAAGCAAUCCAUGUCUCCACCCCCUCCCGACGUUUCUGGUCUGAGCAUCAGCAACACGCCGUCGCCUCGUCCGCCUCCUCCACCCCGUCCGGUUCCGAGGUCGAGACCCGCUCCCGCUCCUCCCGCCGCGCCACCUGCACCGGCGAAGCCCCCCAGACCCCCCGUCCAGCAGGUUCAGCCCGAUUCGGACGAGGAGGACGACGAUGACCCGUUCGCCGACAAGAACGCGCUCGAGACCCCAGCCACCGAAAGGACAGAGCCAAGAUGGUGA